AUGCUCAUCCAAGAUCCCAAGCUGAGCGAGGAGCCUCACCAGGUGCUGAACCUGAAGGAGCCGCUGUUCGUGGGGGGAGCCCCCGACCUGUCCCGGCUGGCCCGAGCGGCGGCCAUCAGUGAGGGCUUCGAGGGAGCCCUGCAGAGGAUCUCUCUCGGGGGGGUGCCGGUGCUGCAGGAGCAGAACAUCCGCAGCGCCAGGGACGUGUCCCCGUUCCGGGGCCACCCCUGCAGCCACCGGCCCGGCCCGUGCCACCACGGCGGCUCCUUGAUCAUCGAGAAGGCAGCAGGGGAUGCUGAGGCCGUGGCCUUCGAUGGCCACACGUACCUGGAGUAUCACAACGGCGUCACCAAGAGCCACCUGAGCAAUGAGAUCCCGGCGUAA